AUGGAUGUGAGUGGAGGGAACCUCAGCAUAGCUGGAGACUUCAUCAUUCUGGGCUUCUCCAGCCUGCCCUCCUACCAGCUGCCACUCUUCGGGCUGUUCUUCAUCAUGCAUCUGUUCACCUUGGGGGGUCACAUGACCAUUGUGCUGGUCACUCUGGUGGACCCCUCACUGCACACCCCUAUGUAUUUCUUCCUGCGUAACUUGUCUGCCAUUGAGAUCUGCUACACACUGGUCAUUAUACCCAAGAUGCUGGUCAACUUCCUGGCCAAGAGCCACAAGAUUACCCUGACUGGCUGUGCCACACAGAUGUAUUUCUUCAUUGCCUUGGGAACCUCUGAGUGCUUCUUGCUGGCUGUCAUGGCUUAUGACCGCUAUGUGGCCAUCUGCAACCCCUACACCUUGAUUAUGAGCCGACCCCUUUGCCUGGAGCUCUUGGUUGUGGUUUGUGCUUGUGGUAUCCUGCUGUCACUGGGACUCACUGUUCUGAUUUUCUGUCUGCCCUUCUGCCACUCCCAUGAGAUUAACCACUUCUUCUGCGACAUCCCAUCUGUGCUGGAGCUGGCCUGUUCUGAUACCCAUGCUGAUGAGAUCCUGGUCUUUGUGUCAUGUCUUCUGGCCCUGCUGGUGCCUUUUUUGCUGAUCCUGGCCUCCUAUAUGCUCAUUGUUGCAUCUAUCCUGUGCAUCCGCUCUGCCCAGGGAUGUAGGAAGGCCUUUUCUACCUGUGCUGCUCACCUGGUGGUGGCUGUCCUCCACUAUGGCUGCGCCAUUUUCAUCUACAUCCGACCCAAGGCCAGCUAUGCCCUGGAGCAGGACAAGGUGGUGUCAUUGAUCUACACCAAUGUCACACCUAUGCUCUACCCUGUCAUCUAUAGCCUGAGGAACAGGGAGGUGAAAGGGGCUGUGCUCAAAGUUCUAGGAAGAAAGAUCUUUCAUCGGUCUUAG